AUGGCAUUGAAUAAUAUUAGUAAUAAGAUCAUAAUUUCAUAUGAUGAAAUAGAGAUUAGAGGAGGAUUAUGUGUGAUGAAAAGUGCUGGAAAAGUAAUUGGAUUCACAAAUUGCAAUGAAAAGUCUUUUGAAGAUAUAUAUAACGCAAAAAGAGAAAUUACACCAGACGAUAUUGCUAGUCAUGUGUGCCAGUUUUUUGCAACAACUAUUGACGGUGAGAUGUCUUUUCCUAUUUGUUUUGGUGGUCACAAAUCAAACCAUUAUGAAUUUAUUACAAAGAAAAUGACAGAAAUUAGAGAUCAAUUCAAACGAACUUCUUAUGGAGAUUAUGUUUUAGAAGUGGUUGGAGGUUGUAGUGAUGGAUUAGCUGGUAAUUAUCAAUAUGCAACCUCUCAUACUAAUGAAAAUUAUGUUCACCUUUUUGAUUGGUCUCAUUUGCUCAAACGGUUGAGAAAUUGUUUAUUGAAAGGGGAUGAUUUGAUUAUUGAAAAAGAGUUUUUCUAUGAAUACAUUAUUGAAGAUUCUAAUGUUAUUAGUGGAAUUGAACAAAGCAAGCAAAUAGGAUGUUGUGCAUUAGCAAAAUAUUUAACGUUAAUGCAACAAAUACAUCAAAUUUUUGACGAUGAACGAUGUUCAAACUGGAAUGAGAAAAAACAAUUAAUUGAAUCUGUACUGACAACACUUAAGGAAUGGAAAGAUGCAAGUUCUAACAUCAUUAGUGACGAAUUGUAUUCUCAUAUUGUGAUGACUAUGACUUCACUUCGUUCUCUUUUUGAAAAAUAUGGAAACCAUACUCAAAUUAAGGCUUGUGGAAUUUCGACAUUAAUUGUUGAACAUUUUUUUUCCUUAAUACGAGGAAAAAUACGAUACCCUAAUUUUCGAGAUUAUUGUGGGAUCUAUCGAGCCGUAUGGAUUGCUUUGAAGACGAAAUUGGUAAAAAAAUUCUCCAAUUAA